CUCCUCCAGACCAGCUCCUCUGCUGUGGCCUUGAAUUCCCUGGGGCCGCUGCCCAACUCAGCUCCAUCCUCACACCACAUACUUCCUUCUCCUCCUCCUCCUCCUCCUCCUCCCUCUGCUCCUGGGCCCUCUGUUUUCUUGCCAUCCAUGACUAAGCCCUCCCCUGGAGGCCACGGUCACACCCAGGAGGUUCUCUGUGUUGAGGAUAAUGAUAAUGGACAGGGCCUUUUACCAGCUGUGGCCCCCAGCUGGCUUAAUUUGGCUGGCCUCAGGGCGACUGCUGGCCUCAGAGUAACACCUGACACCCCCAACUCAGGGUUUCCCUCUGUGGAGGAUUCUCGGGGGCCAUGUGGUACAGAGAGUCAGGCUCGAGUGUGGAGAGGUCUACCAAGCCUCACAAGUGAGGGCUCCAGGGCUCCCCCCAGCCACACUCUACCCGGAGCUGGGUGUGUAGGUUCCCAGGAGCCUAGAGACCCCCAAGGGCUGUCGGCCAACCCUGUGCACCCAGAGGAGGCCAUGGCUGCUACAUGGGAGCAGCCGUGGGCUUUGGAGACGGUCAGGCCUGAGACUCCCCGCGGAGCUACGCCCAGCUUCCAGAAAUUAACCGAGCCAGCUGUUGUGGCUGUGGACCGUCAGGCCAUCUUCCCAGAUACCUGGAGCCUCACGAAGGAACGUGGACAGCGGAAGGAGAGGGCAAGGCCAGAGCCAGCGGGGCUGGAGAGCAACUGCUCUGCCCCCCUUGACAAGGAGCAGUUAGGUGGACAGACAUCCACAAGGGGAAGCCCAGUCGGGCCAACCCAGGGACCCGAGACCCCCAGGAGGCCAGAGAGCACCACCGAAGCUGCUGCUGAGGCCAAGAGGGAACAGCUGGACCUUCCACAUGCCACAGUCAUGGACACACCCUACGCCACCGAGAGGAUUUCCACCUCUGGCCAGAUCCGCUCCGUGAUCAGGAGGAGCCGGGAGACGGGCCAUGCGCACCCCAUGUCCCGGGAGCCCUCCCCUCGCCGCCGGCUGGACCCUGCCACCCUGAGCAGGACCCCAUCUCAGGAGCGGCUCAUCGCAGAGCUGCAGGGUCGGCUGGGCAUCCAGCCGGAGGCAGAGGAGGCAGCAGGGGCAGCGGGGGCCUCCACCGAGGACUGGAUGACCGAGGGCGUCGUCAUCACUGUGCAGCCGCGAGGGAGGCGGGCUGGGGGGCAGCUGGUAGAGAAGGUUGUCUUCCCUCCCGGCUCUCCCAUUCCCCUGAGAAGAACCUUCUCUGUUCUGCCUUCUCCUCCUCCUCCUGUCCCUUUGCUCCAGCAUCACAGAGACGCCUCGGCCAGCAACUCUCCUCCCCCACCCAGCCUGCCUACUCCUUCCACUCGGGGGCCCUCAGCAGUCCCCCGUGGUUCCCCUGAGGUCCAGAGAGCUGGGGCAGGGCCACGGCAAGAGGAUGCACAGGGCCCCGCCCCUCCCUCUCCUGUGCCCCAUGCUUGGAGAUCCGUGGGCUGCCAGACCGACGAGGACCCGCUCUUCCCCCCGAUGCAGAUCCAGGGCCUGGAACAAAGAGCGGAUGGAGAGCUGGCGGCCGGCUGGCCUCCGAACGGCAGGCAGAGCAGCCCCGAAGGGCAGGACGAGGGAGGGUUCAUGGCCCAGGGGAAGACGGGGAGCAGCUCUCCCCCGGGGGGACCCCCAAAGCCUGGGAGUCAGCUAGACAGCAUGCUGGGGAGCCUGCAGUCUGACCUGAACAAACUGGGGGUCGCCACGGUCGCCAAAGGGGUCUGCGGGGCCUGCAAGAAGCCCAUCGCUGGACAGGUCGUGACAGCCAUGGGGAAGACGUGGCACCCGGAGCACUUCGUCUGCACCCACUGCCAGGAGGAGAUCGGGUCCCGGAACUUNUCCCAAGUUUCUGAGACACUAAAGCGUUUUGCAGGGAAGGUGACAACAGCCAGUGUGAAGGAACGGAGAGAAAUCCUCAGUGACCUGGGGAAAUGUGUUGCUGGAAAAGAUGAGGCCAACUCAAGCCCCCUGCUGCCUGGGGCUCUGAGCUCCCACUAUGGCAUCCCAGAGAAUAACAGCCUACUGGGCGGCAAACCUGGGCCCCUGAUGAAAGAGAAGCCCAAGCGGAACGGGGGCCGGGGCCUGGAGGACGUGCGGCCCAGCGUGGAGAGUCUCCUGGAUGAACUGGAGAGCUCCGUGCCCAGCCCUGUCCCCGCCAUCACUGUGAACCAGGCAGAGAUGAGCAGCCCUCAGCGAGUCACCUCCAGCCAGCAGCAGACACGCAUCUCGGCCUCCUCUGCCACCCGGGAGCUGGACGAGCUGAUGGCCUCACUGUCGGAUUUUAAGGUACCUGGAGGCCCCUCUUCCCUGCCCUGCCCCCUUUCUCUCCCCCAGCUUUCUCCUCUUGUACCUCAGUGUGAGUAGUGGAACUCAGCCCCUCAGUUUGGAUACCUUGCCUCAAGCCAGGGAGUCUGCAGUGUCUUGGCCUUGCCAGGGCCCGGGGCAGGGAGGGCCAGGUCAGGCUGGUGGGGACUGAGCUGCCUUGCAGCCUGGGAAGGCAGAGAAGCGCUCAGCAGGGACAUUCCUUCCCCCCGGGUGCUCCCAGCUCCCAGCCACCCAGGGAGGGGAUCAGGAGGCUGGGACAAAGGGCCCUGUGUUGAUGGCUGCUCUCCGUGGGGGAGGGCAUUCUCUGCUGGGCCAUGUGGGCCUCCGGGUCCUGUGCCUGAGAGGUCAUUUGCCCUGGAGCCCCAUCUCCCACACUGGCUGUCCCCAACACGUCUUCUUUCUUUCUUUCUGCCUCUGGCUUUUGAAUCCACAGGCCUCCUUUACCAGGCUUCUGUCCCGUCCCCUCUCCCUCCACGGGCCUCUGAGUCCUCACAAGUUCUGUCUGUGGGAAACCUAACCCGUCAGGCUACUGGGCCAGUCCUGCAUGCGGCACCCCUUCCCCUCCCCUUCCAGGCCUCCCGGGCCUGCCAGGCCCGAGAUGUUUUAUUGAAAAGAUGCGGUGCCUCCAUGGGAUUGAUAUUGACCGAGCUCUCCAACAGUUGCUGACUGCACUCUUUCAUGUGGGUCGACCUUUGGCGCAUGACUUAGGGAAUCUGAGAAGGGGAGCGAGUGGUCCGUGCACUGUGGGCCCUGAUGGUGCCUCCAAACCUCCCUUUAGCUGGGGUUUCAUGGUGGGGGGUGGGAGUGGGCCUGAGGGGAGGGCCGGAGCUACUGAUCGUUCUGAGCAGCCGAGGUCAGGAUCAAGUCGGUUGGACCCAGGUGUUGACCUAAGGGAGCCCCGCCCGAGCACCCCUGAGAGCGAUGAUGCCUUCUGAGAGCCAGCAUCGUGAUGCCCCGUGAGAAGCUGAGCUGGUUCUCUCUGUGCCCCUGGAGCAAGGCCUUGGGCCUUGGGGGAGCUGGGUUUGUCUGGGAGCGACCAAGCUGAGAACCAAGCCAAGGUUGGAGAGGACAGAGCAGCUGCCUGCGGCUGACCCUCCCUUGAUGGGGCCUGGGCUGACCUCCUUGGUCACCUGUCUCCUGGGUGGUCACCUCACCGUAGUCUUUUCUCCCUCCUACCUACUCUGACUGGGGUGGCCUCGCAGGCUUUGCUCAGUGGCUGCUUUCUGCUGCCCGGGUUUGAUGGGGGCCGAGGCCAUGGAGCCCAGGAAAACCUUGUUGGGCAUCCUGCAUCAGCUUUGCAGCCUCCCCGGUCAGUGUAGAUUAGAUGGUGGCUCUCCGAGCCCUAAGGCCGAGCCCGCCCCUUGCACUGAGCAGCUUUCCUCACCUCUCCCAUCUCUCUCUCCUCUCCCCUCUGCCUUUUGUCUUUCUCCUCCUCCAGACCAGCUCCUCUGCUGUGGCCUUGAAUUCCCUGGGGCCGCUGCCCAACUCAGCUCCAUCCUCACACCACAUACUUCCUUCUCCUCCUCCUCCUCCUCCUCCCUCUGCUCCUGGGCCCUCUGUUUUCUUGCCAUCCAUGACUAAGCCCUCCCCUGGAGGCCACGGUCACACCCAGGAGGUUCUCUGUGUUGAGGAUAAUGAUAAUGGACAGGGCCUUUUACCAGCUGUGGCCCCCAGCUGGCUUAAUUUGGCUGGCCUCAGGGCGACUGCUGGCCUCAGAGUAACACCUGACACCCCCAACUCAGGGUUUCCCUCUGUGGAGGAUUCUCUGGGGCCAUGUGGUACAGAGAGUCAGGCUCGAGUGUGGAGAGGUCUACCAAGCCUCACAAGUGAGGGCUCCAGGGCUCCCCCCAGCCACACUCUACCCGGAGCUGGG